AUCCCAUCCACCCCCUAUCUCAUUUCGUUCCGGACACUGCUCUAUCAUUUAAUGCUCUAACCCAGACGUCUCUCUCCAUAAUAAGUAGUAGGUAGUCCCUGAGUUCAUGGUCUGUUCAAACAAUACUCACCGACUCAGCCUCAUACUCACCCAACAACCAAACCCUAAUCACCCAUGGCCGAUUCCAGUCAGCUCAAGUCCGACGCCCUCAUGGACCAGAUGAAACUCCACCUCGCCACCGAUGCUGGCAAACAACUCGCCACCAAGAUCGGCCUCGUUUAUCAGAUCAACAUCGCCCCCAAGAAACUCGGUUUUAAUGAGGUCAGUUAUGUUGUCGAUCUCAAGAAAGGAGAUGUUACCAAAGGGCCAUAUGAAGGUGGGAAACCUGAUGCCACCUUUUCUUUCAAGGAUGAUGAUUUUAUUAAGGUUGCCAGUGGCAAGAUGAACCCCCAGAUUGCUUUCAUGAGGGGUGCCAUGAAGAUUAAGGGCAGUCUCAGUGCGGCUCAGAAAUUUACUCCUGACAUUUUCCCCAAGCCUUCAAAAAUGUGAGAGUAGACAAAAAAAAAAAAAAGAAAAAGAAAGAAAAAAGCAGUGAUUUAUGUUGGAGGGGGUUUUACUAGAGGAUUGUUUCGAUUUUCUCUGAUAUUAGCUUAAAAUUGGGGUUAAUCUGAAACCAUCCUUGAACACUUAUGGGAUUAGAUUGAAAGCUAUUAGUCCUAAAGGAAUUUCAAAUAUAAAUUUGCAAAUUUGCUUUCUGAAUUA